UGUCAGAGCAGUAAUACACAUCAUUUCCAAAACCCAUUAUAUUAAUAAACAAGUUAUUAUCUUUCUUGUUUUCUCUUCAUCAAGAAAGACACAAAAUGAAAAAUCCCCUCUUUUAUUAGAACCCAGAAGAAAUAUUGUAUAGAGACCAAAAAAAGUUGGUGAUGUCAUCUUCCCGAUGGACGCUGAUGGAUCUACCGUCGUACCUGUCGUCAUCGUGGGUGUUCCGGUGGCCGGAGGUGAACCUAUCAUUCCUGAACUCCGGUUGGAACAUGAGACUGUUGUCGCUGUCUGGUAAUUUCUCAAUCAUCGAUGAUCUGUUGUGGAGUUUGAUAUCGGUUGUUGAAUCUAUGGCUAUUGUAGCUACGCUAUGUUGCUACUUCUUGUUAUGCGGUUGUACGCUUUGAGUAUUCCAUUUUCUCAUUAUUUAAUUUUCUAAAACUUUUGUCGCGAAUUUAGUUACCAAAUGAAAAUCUCUGUAAAAUAAAAUAAAAUGAUGAAUUUCGUGACA